ACAAUUGAAGCUUCAUUGAAACAAUUGUGGCGAUGUUUAGACUACCUUUUCAUGGGUGUUUGAGCGAAAUGAAGUUAGUGGAACAACCUGCUUGUGGUGUAUGUUGAUGUUCAGAAAGCACCUGGCUGUUAGUGGUGGAUCAUGAGGAAGUGUUGUGUUGCGGAGAAACGUGUGUGCGAGUUACUUAAAAAAAAAAAAAAACUCAGUUACAGCUGUUGACGUCGGCACCGGUUCCAUUUCGAUACCGAGUUUGUGUAUGCAUCCCUAGUAGGAACGACUGUUUUGAUGUGAUUCACAUGGCGCGUUUCAAAGGGGCCCUGCAUACCAGGUGAAGCGUGGUGUGUUUAAAGCCCCUCUUCCAACACACACACACACACACACACACACUUCGACGAUUCAUCUCCAGCACUGACUGAUCCCAUGGGAAACAUUGUGCAUUCCCGGUCCAUCCCUGACAUCCCACAUGCACAGGAGCGGCUCACAGGGACCAACUUUUGGGUGUGACCUGUCAUUCUCGGAAUUGUCAGCUUGGUUUGUGAUUGUGUGUGUGCAUGUUUGAGUCUCCCUGCCUGAUUCAGUCAUCCUGGCGAGCCGACGUGUCAGUAGAAGACAAUGCCGAGUGUAAAGUACCAGAAAGGGGACAUGGUGAUGGGCCGCUGGCCCGGUAGCAACCUGUACUAUGAAGUCAAGGUGCUGGGCUUUGAUGUCAAAAGUCAGCUCUACACGGUCAUCUACAAGGAUGGAACUGAGCUGGAGCUCAAGGAACAGGACAUCAGGGUAGGAUCACACAGUUUUGUGACAAUCAUGGCUUGCAAUGAGACUUCAGCAUUUCUAUUUCAACAAUGUCGCUCUCGUCUCUUUUCUUUCAACAACCAGAGUUCUUCCGGCUUCCAAAUCCGUACCCGUUCUCGUUCCCGAUCACCAGGCCGCCGUCGCAGCCGCUCCCGGUCCCCGGCGAGAACCACUCGACGCUCUUCUUCCCGCGCAGCGGCGGCCGCUGCUUCCGCAGCGAUAGCAGAGAGCACGCCGUCAUCACGCAAGGAAACAAAGCUGAAGGACAUGGUUGAAGUCCGAGUCGUUCCUCUGGCUACUGAAAACAACAGCAACAAUAAGCAUGAAAAGAAAGAGGAGAACAAUGCGGCUACCAAAGAAAAUGAGAAAUCCGAGACAAAGAGGGAUUCAGAGCCUGAGAAGAACCAGGGCCGAUACAAUCUGCGCCGCAGGAAGGACGAGGCCAAACUUGAGCAGCAGGAGAAGAAGGACGCCAACGUAGUUACAGCGCCUACUCCAAUGGUGUCGAGGCCGCUGGACUUUGGUGGCAAGAUAGGCGCGUACUUCUGGCUGCUCUUUCUGCCGUCCUGGGUUCUCUUCGUGGUUCUCCAAGUCAAUUUAAAGGACCCCAGCUUGGCCAACUUCCCCCCUCCUGUUCCUCCCCUUGAAACUUUCUGGGAUGCGCAGGCCCUGGGCUUUGUUGUCCUGUGGAUCUUAUUCCAGGCCAUCCUUUACAUCCUGCCUGUGGGAAAGCUGAGCGAGGGCAUGCCGCUGAGGUCUGGUGAAAGGCUAAAGUACAGAACCAAUGGUUUCUUUGCCAUUGUAAUGAGUGCUGCAGUGGUUGCAGCGGCAGUCCAUCAGGGUGUUGACCUCACCUACAUCCACAGCCACUUCUUGCAACUUGCCGUAGCCACCUUCCUCAUCUCCGUCCUGCUCAGUGUUUACCUGUAUGUCAGGUCUCUCUAUGCCGCCCCGGGCCAGCUGGCACUUGGCGGGAGCUCUGGUAAUGUGGUUUAUGACUUCUUCAAGGGACAUGAGCUCAACCCCCGCAUCAAAGACUUUGAUUUGAAAUUCUUUUGUGAGAUGCGUCCGGGAUUGAUCGGCUGGUGCUUGAUCAACUUUGCACUGGCACUGGCUGAGAUGAAGCAGUGGGGUCUGGCCUCUCCAUCGUACGCCAUGAUACUGGUCAACGCCUUCCAGCUGCUGUAUGUGGUUGAUGGUCUUUGGAACGAGGAGGCCAUUCUGACCACCAUGGACCUGAUGCACGAUGGCUUUGGCUUCAUGCUAGCCUUUGGAGAUCUGGUGUGGGUCCCUUUUACCUAUACCCUGCAGGCCUAUUACUUGGUUAGCCACCCAAAUGCACUCAGCCUCCCAGCUGUCGUCGCCAUCGUCUUGCUGAAACUCGUUGGCUUCUACAUCUUCCGGAAAUCCAACUCUGAGAAAAACGCCUUCAGGAGAAGCCCAUCAGACCCCAAACUGUCACACCUGAAGACCAUUCCAACUGCAACCGGGAAAAGUCUUCUGGUGUCUGGCUGGUGGGGGGUGGUCCGCCACCCCAACUAUCUGGGAGACCUCAUCAUGGCUCUGGCCUGGUCUCUACCCUGCGGCUUCAGUCAUCUGUUGCCGUGGUAUUACAUGAUCUACUUCAUCAUCCUGCUGGUGCACCGGGACUCCCGUGACAUGAGCGAGUGCAGGAGGAAGUACGGCUCGGCCUGGGACGAGUACUGCCGAACGGUGCGCUACCGGAUCAUCCCGCGUGUCUACUGAGGAGCUCGGUGCUGGACACUCGUGAGUGAUCGCUACGAAAGCUCACACACGCCAUUGGUAUUUGUUUUUAAUGAUUUGCUUUUCAAACCAACACGAAUUGGAACGCUUGAUUGUGGAAGUACUGCAGUACAUUUCAAGUUCUACGUAGGAACCAAUAAGGACUUUUGUUGGCUUCGUGAGACUUCUUAAUGCAAGAGAAUGAGAGAAGAAUUUGACAUUAACGAUGUAUAUUUUUGUACAUACACAUUUCUUUUUAUACUUCAGGUAAAACAAAACCACUUGUGUUGUUUUUAUAGCUCCAAUACACCCCUGAUCCAAAAUGUUAAGAUCAGUUGAAAAACUGCAAGAAUUUACAUUUUGCACAGUUGCAUCUUAAGGAGAUUCUAAGUAGAGCUUCAAAAUGCAAAAAGAAGAUAUGGGAGUGAGCCAAAAAAAAAAAUUGAGUAAGCAAUUUAAUGCUAACAAGCAUUAACGUGAAAUAGGCUGAUCAAAAGUUAAGACCAAACCGCUAAAAUAGAAAUAAAAUGUUCAAAAGAACGACUCCGUAAUGAGUAACUGUACCAUUGUUGUUCAUCUCAUGAAAAAUUGGUUUCCUAGUGGAAUGUUGCUCCAGCUGGUGAAGAUGGCUUUACAGAGGGUAUCCAUUGUCUGGAACUGAUGUCCAUUUUUGUAAACUUACCUUGCCAUUCAUCCCCAAAUGUUCUCAAUUGGAUUUAGUUCAGGAGAACACGCACUCACAAAGUGAAGUUAUUCCUCUGGAAGAAGUCCUUUGUCAGGCGGUUAUUGUGAAAUGCAGCAUUGUCCUUUUGAAAAAGCCAAUCAUUAACCCCCAGACGAGGGCCUUCAGUCAUGAGGGAUGCCCCCUGCAACAUCUCCACACAGCCAGUUGCCGUUUGACGCCCCUGCACAACCUGAAGCUCCAUUGUUCCAUUGAAGGAAAAAGCAACCCAGAUCAUGAUGGUGCUCCCUCCACUGUGCCGUGUGGAAAACAUCUCAGGUGGGUUCUCCUUGUCAUGCCAGUAACGUUUGAAGUUACAGGACUGUCAAGGUUACAUUUUUUCCCGUCAGAGAAUAAAAAGUGCCAUGUUUGGUGCUCUCAUGCAAAUUCCAAAUGGGCAAUUGUGUGGCAUUGAAGGAGACGAGGCCUUUGGAGACAUUUUUUUCUUCUUAAAAGCCUCCUCUUGUAGAUGCCGUCUGAUGGUUAUUGGACACUUGAAUAUUCUGUUAAAAUAAUGUUAAAUAAUAAAUAAAAUCUAAAUCAGUAAAACAAUAAGUGUACACAAAAAUCCAAUCAUGAUCAUUUUCUUAGUCGAUUAAUCUGAAGCUUGUUUCAAUUAAUGGACUCAUUCAUUUGGUCCAUCACUGUUUUCCAAAGUCAAAGCUGAUAUGUAUGAAAAUCUUGUUUUGGCUAAAACACUAAGAGGGUAAGGUCUUCUUUAAUGGAUGAUGAAGGAAAUUUAAAAAUGUUCACAUUUCUCCCAUUUCUUCUUUUUGCAUUUUGAAGCUCUACUCAGAACUUCAAGAUCCAACAGUGCAAAAUUAAAUUCUUGCAAUUUUUCAACUGUUCUCAACAUUUUGAUCAAAAGUGUAUUGAUUUUUUUUUUUUAAACACCAUUUUGGCUUGUUUUCAAUGACUGCGUAUAAUGUGAUGAUACUGCUUAUGUAUAUUGUGAAGGAUGGGAUGGAAAUAAGCUGUACUGUGCAACCACACCUUACUCAGGACUCACAAGUUUUUUUUUUGUUUUGUUUUUCUCGGGAAGCCUUCCUAUAGGAAUUUUAUAGAUGUGUAGCGUUUGACUUGAGUUUUUUUUUUUUUUUUAUUCCUUGGUGUAUUUGAUUUGGAUUUAGAGCCUCAAAGUCACUUGCAAUCUUGUAGCUCCGCCCACUCUGCUCCCACUUGUCGGAGGGUACCAUCUACAAUGAUGAUGAUGAACAUGUCUUCCGCCGCAUGAUUUAGUUUUAGUGGCAUUAUUUGUAUUUUUCGGAACACAUUCUCUUGUAGUGUUGCUGCCACCUCGGUGAGUUUUUCUCCUGUUGAAGCUUUAAUGUCAAUAAUGACGUUUAUACCGUGACAGCAUGCAAACUUAAGUUAAUGGCGCCAGUAUUUGCAGCUCGUGACUUGAACACAAGUAAAAAAUCAACCCGAAGGACUUUUCAAUUUGACGUGUAUAUAGUUUUUGCUCUUUUAGAUGCCAUUCUAGUGGUAGUAAUGAUUCCUUAUGGAUAUUUAAUGUCGCUUUUCUUGUUUUGUUUUGUUGUUUAAUUUGGACCAUUGUAGUUUUGUUUACAGCUCGAUCUGCCAUAUUUUGCUGUGUAUUAAAAGAAAUUUUACAUUAUUCAUUAGACAAAGCAAUAAAACAUUACACCACAGCACAAUGGCUGCUUAAAGAACGUAUCUGUGGACAUGUGGCAGCCAUAAGUGGAAGAUGUUCUGUAUUUUUUUUUUUUUUCCACCCCCUCCUGGUUGUAUACACAGCAAUCCCUCACCGCAUUGCGGUUCCAAUUUGGUGGCUUCACUCUAGCAUGCUUUAAUUUGAAAAAAAAACAUGCUGUUUCGUGGUUGAAUACGGCCUAUUAGUGAAAUCAUAUGCAUAUUGAAGCAAAUGUUAGUAUUUUUUGCCUAAAUGACGCAGUGUUAAGCAUAAAAAUGGUUAAAUGAAGUAAAAUGCAAACAUAAGGCAUUCAGAAGAUGCAUUCAAAGACAUUGUGAUAUGUUGUAUUCCACACUGGUCACCGGAACAACAGGCUUUUAUUGGAGAAUGUUUGAAUUAUCAUCUAACAGGCACAAUAAUCCCCAAUAAAAAUGUGGGCUACUAAGAGGAAACAACUCUGAAACCCCAACAUCACUUCCUAACUGCCACUCACUCAGCUCCCCUGGGGAACACAUAGUACCACGACCGUGAGUCUUAUAUAUGUCUUAAGUGUCUUAUUUCCUGUUAUGUCUACUAUAUUGGGUAAUAGGGGUGUUAUUUCAUGUCUAGAAGGUUCUAAUGUUAAAAACCAUAUUUAGCUCCACGAAAACACUCCAUUUACAAAUAAGGAAUCCUACUUUGCGGAAAUUCACUUAUCACGGUGGGGUCCAAUUAACCGCCAGAAACGAGGGACUCUCCAAAUGCCCUAAAAAUGGCUACUAAAGUUAUUUAUAGUUACUUUCCAAAACAGUAAUUCAAUCAGUAAGGGAAUGACUCCUUCAUAAAUGUAAUUAGUUACCAGGGUAGGUAAUUACUGCAUGAACCUUUUUGGAAUAACAUUCAAAUAUGUAAAAGAAUUGGGGUUUAGCUUGCAGUUCUCUACCAAAACACAAGGAGGCAGUAUUUAAACACUUGUUGACCAGCACAGUGGCCCCUCACUUCAAAUUUUAGGAGCACAUGCAGAAAAAGGGGGAGCACAAGUUUUUCAGCAAGGAAAAAAUGUUCAAGAACAAAAUAAAAUGGGCAACUUGUUGGCAGGGCCAACCAACCCGACUCUUUUUGCCUUUUAAAUGUGUGAAAGAAAUGUACUACUUGACACAAACCUGAAUUUAAUUUGAUGCCUGUUUUAGAGUAAUACUAAUACAUGGGAAGUUCUUUGUUUUAAUAUUUUUUCAGUUAAAAAUAACACAACAGAAUAAAAUUAAAGGGUGUUCCCUUGUUUAUCGCGGGGGAUAGGUUCCCAAAAUAGCCCGAAUUAAGUGAAAUCCAUGGCGUCCAAUUUUAAUGAUCAACCUACACUUAAGUCACUCACACGUAUUUUUUUUAUGCUGUAACCGUGCCUUUUCGUCCUCGCGUCGUCCUGCUGUAUUGUAGCAUUUUUGUAUCAUUAUUAAAACAUACUGCUCCAGUCCUGCUCCUCCUUCCAACCGAAGAUUCAUUUACAAGCUAGCGAUGACACAGGAGACACGAAGGAGAUUGAUUGACAAUGGUCUACAGCCAAUCAGGGCGCAGAAAUCAAUGGGCAGUGCGAACAGACGAGCGAGGGAAGAGACACUCAACUUCCCACAGUUUAUUUCUCCUUAAAGGGCCAGUUGACCAGUGACUAGGCACACGGUGACCUAGUGGUUAGCAUGUUGGCCACACAGAAGAUCUGGGUUUGAAUCUCUGUUGGACAUCUCUGUGUGGAGUUUGCCCCAAAAACAUGCAUAAAUUGUCCGUAGUUACGCGCUCUGUGCUUGACUAGCGACCAGUCCAGGGUGUACCCCUGCGACCCUAGUGAGGAAAAGUGGCAUAGAAGUAGGCAAACAGUCACAUAUGACGUUUGUGGACCAGAGACUGGGCGGAUAAGCUAGCUGCCACCAGAGAGACAGCGGAGCCAGGCAAAAUGUGUAAACAAAGAUGAUAGAAUAAUCGGACGUCAAUCAAACGGGAGUAAUCACACACGCUUAGCCGUCAAUUGACUACACAUUUUACAGACUAUAUUUCAGUCUCACGGUAAUGAGGACCAACUGGUAAACUCAAUACGGGACAUGCAUGAGUACAUGAGAAAUUCACUCACAAUGUCUCAUAUUUUGGUUGCACAAUGUGACCAGUCUGUAGCCCUGAUUAUUUAGCUUCCUGUGUAGUAGCCGAUAUCAGUCGAUCUCGAUAUCAGUGCAUAAUAAUAACACGCCACAUUUCCCUGUACGUAACGAUAAAAGCAAAGUAAUUCGAUUACCCGUAACUGGAAAACAAUAACGGCGUUAGUAACGGGGACACCAGGUGAGCUUCUUGGCACCAAUGUCUUCUCAAAGUUAGAUGCCAGUGCAGGAUUGUGGCAGAUCUCGUUAUCAACAGAAUCUUCCUGUAUGACGCCAGAAACGUCUUAUGUUCAGCAUUUCCAGAAACGCAUGUGGCGCAUCCUGGAAGGCCUGGAAGGCACCGAGUGCCAGAUGGACGAUGUGCUCAUCUGGGGAAGGAGGCAAACAGAGCAUGAUGAGAGGCUGGAAGGCCGAACAUGUGACGCUGAACGACAACCAAAGCAAGAUAAAAUUCUUGGGUCAAAUCAUUGAUCAAGAUGUCUGGGGGAAGGGGGCAGGCUAAAGAGUCUUUGGAGUUUGUUUCUCUUUAGAAUUUCCAUACAAGCCAAGGGUGUCCAAUCUUUUUCCAUCCCAUCCAUCCAUCUUCCAUGCCGCUUAUCCUCACUAGGGUCACGGGUGUGCUGGUGCCUAUGCCAGCUGACUUUGGGCGAGAGGCGGGGUACACCCUGGACUGCUCACCAGCCAAUCACAGGGCACAUAUAGACAAACAAGCAUUCACUCUCACAUUCAUACCUAUGGACAAUUUCCUAGAGUUGCCAGUUAAGCUAACGUGCAUGUUUUUGGAAUGCGGCCUAACUUUUUCCAUACAUAUUGAAAAAUGAAAGGAUGCAAGGGUCACUUGGAUAUUUUGUAACAAUCUGCUAAGAAGUUAUACAAAAUUAGAGGAAAAAAAGUUGUAAUUUUACAAGCAUUACGUAAUAUUAUGAGGAAAAAAAUCAGUCAUUUUACUGGCAUAAAGUUGAAAUAUUAAAGAAAGGUGUUAUUAAUUUUAAGUCAGAAUAUUUUGAAAAACAAAACAACAAAUGAAGUUGUAAUUUUUGGAAAAUGCCGCUUAUCCUUUUUGGAAAAUUAUGUUGCAGAAAAAGUCCCAAUGUUACGAGAAUAAAGUCAUAAGAAGAAAGUUGAAAUAUUUGGAAAAUUUAAAAAACCAACAGCAGAAAUGUAAUUAUUUUUUAGGAAACUAAAGUCAAAAUAUCAAGAGAGAAAGGUUGUAUUCUCAGGAGAAAAAGUUGCAAUUUUACGAAAAUAAACUUGUAAUAUUAAGAGGAAAAAUAAUGUCAUUUUAAUAGCAUGGAGUUGAAAUAUUAGAGAACAAAAUACAUGUUUUUAAAUUAAAGUCGGAAUUAUGAGAAAUAAAACAAAACAAAGCUGUCAUUUUUGGAAAAUUAGGUUGGGGGGAAAAAGUUAUAAUCGAAAAAUAAAGACAUAAUACGAUUAUUUGAGAAGAAACUUGUGAUGUUGGGGAAAUCGGCAAAAAUAGACAUCAUUUGUGAGCAUACUCAGACACAAGUUUUAAGUUACCGUAAAAAUACAAAUUAUUUAAAGCAGAAAUCAGAAUGCGUUGGAGCGAAUGCAUACCUUUCAACAUUUGCUUUACAAAAUAUGGGGAAUUUUCUAGGAAAAUAAGGAAAUUACCGUAAAUCCAUAUAUCGGUUUUCUUCCUCUUGUCCGGGUCCGGGUCGUGGAGGCAGUGGUCUCACUAGGGAAGUCCAGACUUCCCGGUCCUCGGCCUCCUCUUCCAGUUCCACUAGGGAGAGACUGAGUGUUCCCAGGCCCACUGUGGGAAAUAAUCCCUCCAGUGUGUCCUAGGUCUGCCCGGGGGCCUCCUCCCAACUGGGCAUGCCCGGAACACCUCACCAGGGAGGCAUUUGAGCUACCUCAACUGCAAAAGCCACCUGCGAAGGACCACCGGCUCUACUCUGAUCUCCUCCCAGAGUUCCUCACCUUACCUUUCCGAGGAAACUCAUUUUGUCAGCUUAUAUCUGCUAUCUGGCUCUUUCGGUCACGACCCAAAGUCAUGACCAUACGUGAGGGUGGGAACGUAGAUCAACUGGUAAAUCGAGAGCUUUGCCUUCCAGCUCAGCCUUCUCUUCACCAAGGUCUAUCUAGCACAGCGGCCGCAUUACUGUAGAUGCUGUGGUGAUCCACCUGUCGAUCUUACUCUCUAGCCUUCCCCCAAUCGUGAACAAGACUCCGAGAUACUUGAACUCCUCCACCGAGGGCAAGACCGCAUUCCCAACCCAAUGAGUGCAAUCCACCCUUUUCCGGCUGAGAACCAUAGCCUCAGAUUUGGAGGUGCUGAGUCUCAUCCCAGAAGCAGUCCCCCCCAGCCUGAUGAGGCCAUCAGGACCACAUCAUCUGUGCAUAGCAGAGAUGAGAUCCCAUGAUUAUGAACCGCAUCAAUGACAAAGGGCAUUGGCAGUGCAAUGCCCUUUCCCAGCCCACAUGUGGUUGGUUGUAGUGCUGGUUCAGUAGUGUUCCACGACCAGGAUGAAAAACACAUUGCGCUUCCUGUAGAUAAGGUUCGACUGACAGUCGUACCCUUCUACCCCAGGGAAGCUGAGGAGUGUGAUCCCCCUGUAGUUGGAAUACACCCUGUGGUCACCACCCAAGUCUGCCACUCCAAAGGUAUUGUUCCGGACUUGCACGCAAUGUUGAAGAGACUUGUGACCAAAACAUCCACAACAUCCAGAGCCUUGAAGAAUUCAGGGUGAAACCUGUCCACCCCUGGAGCGUUGCCACUGAGGAGUUUUUGAACAACCUCGGAUACCUCAGACUCUGCUUCCUCUACGCAAGGUAUGCAAGGUGCGAUUGAGAAGGGCCUUGAAGUAUUCCUUCCACCGUCCGUUUAUAUCCUCAGUUGAGGUCAGCAGGCCAGGACAGGGCACUGCUUCCCCUUUCUGAGGCGGCGGACGGUUUGCCAGAAAACCAAAAAUCUGAUUUUGCAUGGCUGUGAAUGGUGACUGUGAAGGGAUCCCACUCUACAAUGACAUGGAAGUACCAACGAAAUCGGACGAUCCCACAAGCAAAUUUUAUUUAUUUAUUUAUUUAUUUUAUUCGUUUUUUCCCAAGAGACUUGUGCAAACAGUCCAGUCGAUUAUUAGUGGUGACGCCAUACUCUUCACUGGUCAUACUGUAAAUGGGAACAAAUAUCUGCUCUAGAUAUCGUAUAUGUUGUGUCGCAUCGCAAAAGAUCCAGUCUUUCAGCAGUACACACACCAAUAUAUGAGGUUAAAAAGGGUGUAGGCACCAGGGAAGAUGAUGCGAGAGUAGGUGUCAAUGGCGUGGGUGUUCUGGAUUAUCCGGAAAUUGCGGACACUCUUCCGCUUGCUUAAUGUGGACUCGUCCAGGGAAAGAUGCACCAUCAUCUGCUCGUGUUUGUCUUCUGCGUCCUCAACUGCCAUGGAGGCCCUGGUGUACCCUGCCAGGCUAUUGGCAUCACUAUACGUCCCAUCCAUCAUCAUUGUCUUUGCAUGGGGCAUGCCACAGGUGCAGGGCAGCGUCUGGAACAGGACAAAUAAUAAACCUCCAAUUUCAGAUUGGUUUUGCAGGUACGUGAAAUUCCCAAGACUGCCUCUGUACCUGUUCUUGCGCCGUUUCCCGGAGCUUUCGGUCCUUGCCGUCCCUUACCGUUGUCAGGUAGUUGACGGCAGCAUAUUGAAGGACGGACAGGAAGACAAAGACAAAACUGACCCAGAGGUAAAUAUCCACAGCUUUGAUGUAGGACACCCUGGGCAUGGACGCAUUGACCCCAGUGAUGAUGGUGGACAUGGUCAGCACUGUGGUUAUACCUAAAAAUAAAAAAGAGAGUGGAACCCGUUUGUGCGUCGACGCCCCUUGGACUGACUCACAGUGACCAGUCAUAAGGAGAAUGGGUGACGAUCAAGGAUUUUUUGUUUGUUGACUUCGUUUUCCUCCAUUUGUGCAUAUUUUUAUUUAGAUUGUGUUUUCAUAUGAUAUUUAAUACUCUAUUUCUGUAAGUCCAACAAAAGGUAAUAUUACCAAUGAUAUAGGUACUACAUGUACGUGUAUACAUAUACAGUAUAUGUGUAUGUAUGUAAAUAUGAGUUUGGAUGCAGUAGUAAUAUUAAACGAGGAUAAUUAAUGAAAAAAAACAAUAAUAAGUGAUAUAAUAAUAAAUGUUAUUUACCUUUGAAGAGGAGUCGCCGAGCAUACGUCGUUGUGGUGGAGAAGGAGGAGGAGUUAUUGAAAAAAAGGACAAAUGGUCGUCGUCGUUAGACUCUUCUAAAAGAGGUAGUGUUCUGUGGGUGGUGUAGAAUUAAGCAGGCCUAUUAACUCUUCAUAAACUUUAAUCACACGCUCUGUCUGGGUUGCAUCGUACAGCUACAAUUUAGCUUUCCAUUUCUCCUUUACACUCUCCCCACCUUCUUCCUCUACCUGUUGGUCCCAUUAGCAGUGUCACAGUGCCCUCUCCUGGUCAAGCAUGUAGCAGUAGAAAUAUGGAGUUACUACAAGGCAAAAUACAUGAAAAUAUAGACCAGUCAGCUUGCGUUCGUAUUUCCGAAUGUUCGCAAGUCGGAUGUUCGUAAGUUGGGGACUUAGUGUAUUAUUAUAUUAGCAAUCAUCGAUAGUAGAGGUGUGGCAAAAUGUGACGAUAUUUCUCUGUCUCUGAUACUGUCUCGCGAUAUUAAAUAAAUUAAUCACAAGUGAAAAUGAACUGAAUCAUUUUGCCAGCCUCCAUAGAUUUGUUUUCCUCGUCUCUCGCCGCCAAACAAGCAGGAAGAGGGUUCACUCUGUGCAUUGGUUGAGCACCUAGACGCUUCACAGAACAUGCAUGCACGCAACAAAAGAAGAGUGAAACCUUGUGAGGACGAUGCAAGGUAACGGUAGUACAAAUUCCAUCCAUCUGUUUUCUAUGCUGUUUAUCCUCAUUAGAGUCGCGGGGGCAUUCGGGCUGCUCUUUAAUACAGUUGAAAAGCCAGCAUUCCAAGAAAUGCUGCCAACGUUUGACAGACAGUACGAAUUGCCUGUGACAAAAUAUGUCACAAACACCAAUUCCACAACUUCAUUGAGUGAAAGAUGUCAUAUAAAAGGAAAUAUUACAUUAUUGUGAUAUAUUAUUGUGAUAUAUUAUCAUAUCAGCGGUUUAUUUUGUCUCAAAAUGUCGACAAUAAUAAGGUUUAGCAUCAUUUUGUGGGACAAUAAACAUUUAAAAACA